UGACUUUCAUGAUUCGCUGCCUGGCAUAGAGAGAUCUGCACCGCGUGUCGAGCUAAGCUGAGCAGGCGAGGAAAGGCGGUGCAACAAACAAUGACAUGGUGGAGUCCUCAGUCCCUCUACAGCUGAACCCUCCGUACAAUCGUAGACUCGUUCGGACUGCCCGUGCCAGUGAUGAGUGUCAAGGGGCUGCACUGAGGGGCAGCAUUUCACCAAAACGCAUGCAGCCGGUGACAGACCUGGCCUGAUUGUAGACUUAUAUAUUCCCCCUCCCUUUCCUCUCCUUCCUUCUGGUUUUCCUCAUAUCAUCUCACAUCGUCAAACGCGAAAGAACCAAAUCAUUCUUAGACCACUACCCUGCUAUCCUUCAACUACUUCUAUUCUUCCUUUACAAACCAAACUCAUACAGUUCACCAUGUUCGGUUGGGAUGAGAGCCGUGAUGCCCAUCAGCAAGUCUAUGGCGAUGGUGGCUACGACAACCAAGCCAAGUUCUCCCAUGAACUUAUUGCCGGCGGCGCUGCCUUCGAAGGCAUGAAGCUGUUCGAGGACCGUCAACGCAAGGAGGGCAAACCCGUUUCCCACGCCUUUGCCAAAGAACUGCUUGCCGGCUUCGUCGGAGGCGAAGUUGACAAGUUGGCCGAGACCAAAGGCAUGAACGAAUACGACGCUUAUGAGGCGAAGAAGAAGGCAAGAGAAAGUGCUGAGAGAAUGUAUGACCAACACUAUCAAGGCAUGGAUCAAUACGAUCCCAACCAGCGUGACCAACCCAACUUCAACUACUAGAGGGUGGCACUCGCUUCAAGAGUGAUCAGCAUGAGCAGCCUCUGUUGAUUGUUGCAGCAAGGGAGGGAUGUGCAAGCACUUUUUCAGGAAGCAUUGGUGCAGGGCCAAAUAGUGAUGCAUACUAGGCAUGUAUGCUCUGAGGGAUAAAUGUACUAGCAGAGCAUCAUUGAUCUCGACGUUAGGCGGAAAGCAUCCCUUGUCUCACUAUUGAAUGAUAUUCUUGCAUCCAUCA